AUGGAUUUCUUAAUACAAAUUAUAAUGAAUAUUAUCAUAUCUGGUAGUGAAGAUAACACAAUUAAAUUCUGGUAGAAGUAGAAUCAAUGGUUGUGUACAUAGACAAUCACAGAUCAUAAUGAUUAUGUCUAUGGAUUAAGUAUGAAUGAAUCCUAAAAUAAAGUGAUAUAAAGUGGAGAAGAUAAACUUAUACUGGUAAUAGAAUUAUCAGAAUAGAAUGAAUAAUGGACUGUGAUAUAAAAGAUUACAGUAGAAACAGAUGGAGUUAGAUUAUGCUUUAUUGAUAAUGAUACAUUCACAUUUUAACCUUGGCAGAAGGAGUACAUGCAGGUUUUGAGAUAGUACCAAUAAAUUAUAUAUCAAGAGAAAGGGUCUUCCUCUAGAAGGUGGUUUAGAUAAUUUUUUAUUUCCUUAUUAAUAUAUUUAAUCAAAAUGCAUCUUUGUGAAUGAGAAUGCUGAAAAUGUGAAUUUAAUAAGGAAAAUAUAAAAUUAAUCUAUUCAGUUUGGAACUUUAAGGAUUUUUGGAUAUAUGUCUGAUGAUGGAAAGUAUUUGAUAACUUGGGAUAAUAACAAAAAACAAUAUCAAAUCAGGAAAUAUUAGGAAUUAUGA